UAUAUAACAAUGAUCAAAGCUAUUCUUAUUAUAAACAAUCAUGGCAAAGCAAGACUAACAAAGUUCUAUGAUCAUGUCAGCCAAGACAAACAACAACAGAUCAUUAGAGAUAUAUUCCUAUUGGUAUCAAAGAGAUCAGAUAGAGCAUGUAACUUUGUAGAGGGUGAGGAUAUAUAUGACAGCGAUACAAAGAUCGUCUACAAACCAUUUGCAACAUUGUACUUUAUCUUUAUCGUCGACUCCUCAGAGAGUGAGCUGUCAAUCAUCGAUCUCAUUCAAUCAUUCGUAGAAACUCUUGAUAAAUGCUUUGAAAACGUUUGCGAACUCCACCUUAUCUUCAACAUUGACAAGGUUCACUAUAUUUUGGACGAGAUGGUCAUGGGUGGACUAUUGUUGGAAACAAACUCACAGAUCGUUGUAUCAAACUAUCAACAACAGAACAAGCUGGAGAAGACAGAGAAUCCUCUGUUGGCCGGUUUCCAAGGUGUGAUGCAAACCAUCAAGCAU